AUGGCGUCGUCGCCGCCACCGCCGCCUGCCUCCGUUUCCAGAUCGGAGCUUCUUAAGGACUCUCCGAUGAAAUCUAAUCAAGAGACAACUGUAACAAACAAAGAGGUUUUAUCAGUUAUUGAAUCCUUAAAGAAGCAAGUUGCAGCUGACAGAUGCGUUUAUGUUAUGAAAAGGAUGGAAGAGAACAAACAAAAGUUGGCUGGUGUUACAAACCACCUUUCUAAGUUGUCAAAGGAAAGGAAGAACAAUUGGAUUACUGAUACUGACAACAGUAUAGAUUUAUUUACAAGGAGGCAAAAGGAUGCACUCAGUAUGCAUGGUGGUAUUGAUGCAAGUAAUGUAGAUAAGGAUAGCCAUGGCUCUGAAGAAGAUGGGCAUACUUCUACUGCAGUUCUUUUGGGAUCCAGUAUCCCUGUCAAGAAUGCAGUACGGCCUAUUAAGCUACCUGAAGUGAAGAGAUUACCUCCUUAUACGUCAUGGAUUUUUUUGGACAGGUAUGUUUAG